AUAGCGCGUCACACGGGGGAGUUACCCUGCGCUUGCCCGGUGUGCGACAAGCGCUUCCCGUCCGCGCGGCUGCUCGCCUCGCACGCGCUGGUCCACUCCGAUCUCAAGCCGCACGCGUGCCACUUCUGCGAGAGACAGUUCCGGCACGAGUCUACGCUGCGCACCCACCUCCGCACGCACACAGGAGAGAAGCCCUACGUGUGCUCCGUCUGCGGGAAGACUUUUAUACAGAACUCCAAUCUCACGCUACACAUGCGUACGCAUACUGGUGAGCGACCUUAUUCGUGUUCUGUGUGUUCGCGACGCUUCACUUCAGGCUCUUCACUAAAGACUCACGCUCGAACACACACCGGGGAAAAACCAUAUAGCUGCGAACUAUGCGGGAAGAGGUUCGCGCGGCUCGACGUGCGCGCGCACCUGCGCCUGCACGCGGGCGAGCGCCCGUUCGCGUGCUCCGCGUGCCCCAAGGCGUUCGUCAGCGCCGCGCGUCUGCGCGACCACACGCGGAUACACACAGGCGAGCGUCCAUACGAAUGCGCCAUGUGCCCACUAAAAUACCCGACCAAAUCCCACCUAGUAAAGCACCUAAAGACGCACGAGACCAAAAAGAAACCGAAAAACAAAGUGCUCAUAGUCCAACACAUCGAACAGUACGACAACUACGCGAAAGACAUCGGCGAGCAAGUGCCUUUGGAAGUGACGGGUGAAUUGGUGCUUCAAGAGAACGGGGAGAUUAAAACGGAGUUGUUGGUGGUGGAUGAGCGGAUCAGCGUGUACACGCGCGUGGACGGGUUCGUGGGCAGCGCGUUUGAGGAGCGCGUGGUGAUACACCCGAAGAUAACGGAUUUUUAA